AUGACCAGGACAGUGUGUUUGACGCCAACUGAUGAUUUGGUUGGAAAUCCUACACUUUUCCUACAUGCUUGUCGAAAGGUGAAUUCAGAGAAGGUCAUGUCAGACUCGAGGUGUUGCUACCUUCAGACUCUUUGUGAUGCUGCCGGCCGAACGGGUGCAGGCUGCUGCCAUCUGCUUGAAGAGAUCGACAUCACACGAGGAGAGGGACUCGUUGACGAGGUGGGUGAGCUCGCGGCGCAGACGCUCGCAACAGGGGUACCGACAGAAGGCGGAGAAGAGGCACUCGGAGGCCUCGCUGAAGCGAUGCAGGCGAGACAGUGCCACACCUCGCACCAGCAGCGCCUGAAUGGGAACACAAAAGUGGGCCGACGAGGAGGCAUAAUGUGA